AUGGCUCGCAGGGACCCCCCAUACGCCUCUUUGCUCACGGGGACCCUGUGCCUCCUCAUCUUCGUGGAGCUGGUCUGGGUACAGCUCCGAUUUGCGUCCGUGCUGCCGGGGAACCAGAGAGAUGCCGUGAAUUCUGUUGCCCGGGACGUCGGGGUCUCCCACGCUCCGCUGCACCAGGAUCCCCCCUCACUGCUCAACCCUGCCAUCAUCGUAUUCUGCUAUGACCGCCCCGGCUACCUCAACCAGACCCUGACCUCCCUGGCAGCCCUGCCAGAGCUAGCCGACUUCACCUUGUACAUCUCCCAGGACGGCAACCAUACAGGGGUCCAGGGCGUGAUUGAGACGCAUCGAGCCGCGCUGGCGGCCCUGACAGCUGGCUUUGAGAGCUGGCAGCGGCCACGAGUGCCCCAGCUUGGACCGCGCCAGCCGGGGCAUGCCUGGCUUGCGCAACACUACAAGUGGGGCCUAGACAGGCUCUUUUUGAAGGGCGGGCACAGCCACGCCGUGAUCGUGGAGGAUGACAUGCUGUUCAGCCCCGAUUUCCUGACGCUCUUCAUGGAGACGGGGUGGUUGCUAGAUGCAGACCCCACGCUGUGGUGCAUCUCCUCGUGGAACGACAACGGCUUCUCCAAGGACCAUCACUGGGACCCGACGAGGCUAUUCCGCACGUCCUACUUCCCGGGGCUGGGCUGGAUGCUGUCGUCCCGGCUGUGGGAGGAGCUGGGCCCUGCCUGGCCGCAGCAGCACUGGGACCACUGGAUGCGCAUGGAGGGCGUGGCCCGGGGUCGCGACUGCGUGGUCCCCGAGGUCAACCGCAACCGCAACAUCGGCGAGGUGGGGGCCAACAUGGACCGAGCCGCCUUCCGCAAGUCCCUGCAGACCAUGGAUUGGGCGCGGGAGGCGCCCGCCGCUGGGUUCGGGGACGAGGACUACGCCCGCCUGGCGCGGCGCACGGGCGUGUGGGCCUUCCCGCGCGGCCACUACCGCUUCCUGACCAGCGUGCCGUGGCGGGGCGGGCGCCUGCUGCUGGCCGACGCCCGGCGCUGCGACCUGCUGCCCGGCGCGCUGCGCACGUUGCCCACGCCCGGCAUGCGCGGCGUGGCCGCCGAGCCCGGCGUCAGCUGCAGCGCGGCCUGCCGUGCCCGGGGCGCGGUCUGCAGCAAGGCCGACCUCCACUUCCUCAACACCUGCGCGGCGCUGAUGCGCGCCUUCCCCUGCCCCCAAGGCUGCUCGCUGGAGUGGGGGCAGGACCUGCCAAACAUGGUGGCGGAGGGCGCGAGGAACCACAGCAGCCCCGGCACCUGCUAUGUCACGCAGCAGAUGCCGCAGUGCAGGGGUCAGGCCCCGGAGACGCGGCGCCUGUGCGCCUGCGUGCCCCCUGGCACGGUAGCCGACGAAGCCGCCGCCGCCGUGCGGCGGCCCAGGUUCCUGCGCCCACGUGUCAGGGCGGGGGAGACCGGGGGGGCGGAGGCUUUGGCGGGGGCCUGA